AGAUUAUUUUUACGAUAAAGGUGCCAAGAGAAGAUUGCAUGCAAUAUCAAAUUCUGAAGAAUUAUUGAGGUUGUAAAUUUGGCAUCAUGAGAAACAUGAAGGAACAAGGUAAAGGUAGAGGUAGAGGUAAAGGGAAUUCUUCAUUGCAUCAUGCAAUGCCACAAAGGUCUACUAGGACAUCAGCUGCAUUGGCUCCCAUUAUUCAAUCAUCUAAUGAGGCACCUCCUUCAACUCCUGAGGUGCAGAUAAAUUUGCCUACUAUUUAUGAUCAUAGCCCUACCCCUUCUAACCCUGUUUGUGGUGGACUUUUGAUGAGUGAAAAUGAUGGAUCUAGUAAAUCAAGUAGUAGAGGGCCUAGCGUGGGACUACCCUACCCUCUAAAUCCGAAUGACAGAGUGCAUUUGACACCAAUAAAUGCAGAUGUUUUUGUUGAGAAGGGAGUCACAACGACAGUUACUUGCAUUAUAAAAAAACAUUUCAAAGGUCCUUGGCCAACAUGGAGAAAAGUUCCUAGUGAUGUGAAGGAACUGAUGUGGAAGACAUUUCAAGAGUAUUGUAAAUGGAACCUUGAACAUAACUCCAAAAUCAAAAAUGUAUUUGACAAGACUGGCAAAACGCGAUUAAGGGACAUGCUAGCGGAUGAGAGGAUGAAGGCAAUGAAAGAAGUUGGUGCUACUAACAUUAGAGAAUGCAAGGGAAUGGAUAGGGAGUGGAUCACAAAGGAUGUGUGGGAUGCCCUCAUUAAUAAUGAAUGGGGAACAGAUGCAUGGUAAUCCAAAUCAGGUAAAGCAAAGGCAAACCGCUUAACAGAGAAAGAAGGAAGUAUUACAAAGCACACGGGUGGUUCACGACCUUUUGCUGCUCAUGGUAUCAAGUUGGCAGAGAAACUAGGUAGGGAGGUUGGAUAUUCAGAAAUUUUUCAGGCUACACACAAGCGCAAGUGUGGAGAGGGUGAUUUUAUAGACAACAAGUCAAGAGUUGUUAAUGAAAAGUAUAAUGCUGCAUUGAUCGACAAAUAUGGUGAUGAUAUCUCUUCCCAUCCAAGUUUUGAUGGUCAGUCAUAGUAUGAUGCAAUUGGGGGAUUAAAGGCUACACGCACAAGUGUAUAUGGUUUUGGGAGUAGGGUAGACUCAAGACAAUUGUUUAGUGUAGCAUCUACAUAUCCUUCCACAUCUGAUUCAGCGUGUGGACCUUGAACUUAUCAACCUUUUGCAACAAAUGAAUCUAUGUUGCAAACCCAGCAACUUGCGGAGAAAGUUCAGAAUUUAGAAAGUACAGUUUUUGAUAUUCAACAAGGUCAAGCAGGGUUACAAAGUAAAUUGGACAAAAUAUUGGAGUUGGUAGAACGCGGUCAUCCAACAUUAUUCUCUCAAGCAAGCCAAUCGGGAAUUAAUUCAAGAGAUGCCGGAGAUGGUGGAGAAGAUGCAUAAGUCGAUUCAGAUGACCUUUACAAUGUUGUUGUUAACUUUUGUUUUGUUAGAGUACCUCUAAAACUAUUUUAAUAUUUUUUGUGAUUGCUUGCAACUUUAUAACUUCAUAUACCUUACAUGUGUU